AUGUCCGUUGAUCCUACUGCUGAAGAAACCGUACUCCCUUUUGAAGAUGAGGGUCAUUGCGAGGAUAAUCCCCUCCCAGGAUCCAAUUCGUCUUUGGUCGGUGAUACUACAGAAGAUCAAGAUUCAUCGUCGUUUGGGGAUAUUACCGAAGAUCUCUUGCCGUUCGAGGAGAUAUCAGACUGCAAGGACACACUCAACAUGUCAAGAGAAAAAUCGAUUGAACUGUUGAAACAAAGAUCGAAAAUGGUCUAUGGAGGCCAAGAACCAAAACAAAUCCAGCUAGACUCCGUUAUUGACUUGAUCCAUCGUUGUGAUACUUUUGUCCUCGCAGGGACAGGAAUUGGCAAGAGUCAAAUUGCUGAAAUGUAUUGGGAUCUAUUUCCCAAAUACAAAAAGCCGAUUGUGCUAGUCUUGAACCCUCUGGACUCACUUGGUGAAGUGAUCGGAUCGAUGGUCGAUGGUCGAAAAAAAGGCAGGAUGUAUGCGGACUUUAGUGAUGAUAUCGAAAAUCUGCAUGUUCAUUACCGAAACUCUCUUUAA